AUGGGGUCAAUAUCUCAGAUCAGGGAGCUUCUCAAAGCUGCCAGCAGAUAUGCCGCCGAAGCUGGAGAUGUGGACAAACUCAUCAUUACAUCAUUCGAUUGUUUACGGCCUUGCCUGGAGCUCUGGAAGCUCCACGGUCACGGUCUUCUCUGCCGUGGGAUGCAUGAGUCCUGUGUUACAACCCGAGAAGAUGGCUGCUAUUUUAAAUCCUUCGCAGAAUUGCAGCAUGGAAUCCAGCAAUACACAUCGGAACUGUCUAAGGUGUUCUUCCGGAAGAAGGCACUCCAAAGCGAUCGACGAUGGUGGCUUUCCGUUUUCUACAGCCUUCUAAUCCAGUCGCCCGUUCGGCAGACUCUUGUCAUGAUUAUGGCCGGGACCAAUUCCGGGCUCCUCGUCAAGGAUUCCGACCCUACUCAAUGUACCCAGUACUGCUAUACAGCGAUCAACAUCUUCGAUGCCGCAUCAGCUGGAUGGGAUCCGAUCACUUCCGACGAGGACCUUGAGCCCUUGCUAUCAGGAUCAGACAUCGAUCAAAAGGUAUCCAAGCACAUCAAAGUUGCACGUGAGGCGAUAUUCAAGGGUCGCAUGUGA